AUAACCGUACCGGUAACCGUAGUUACCGUUUAAACCGUUAACCGUAUUCAACGGUAUUCGGACGCGGGAUUAGGGGCAGCGGUAUACCGACAUGGGAUCGGUAAUAUACCGUCGGUACGUCGGUAUUCCGAUACCGCAAUAUUAAAGGGUAAAGGGCAUAUAUAUAUAUAUAGCAGACCCAGUUCAGCAGUGAGCAAAAGUUGGCUCCCUAACCUGUAAGUCUGUAACUAAUUAGAUUAGCAAAUUAAUAUAUUAGUUAAUACUUAAAUAAUUCAUCGGUCUCUGCCCUCUGCUUACCAUCACUCCUCAAAUCCAAAUGCAGCCUGGUCCAAAGCUCCAGAAAGAAGCUCCCUCCUCUCCAUAUCGCAGGGACACGCUCUAUCCACGACCGACGACCCAGCAACCCAGUACGGUACCUCAUCCUCUCCGUUGGUCCCUGUUUCCGUCGACCAUGUCGCUGUCGGUCCUCGUUGACCUCACCGUCGGAGCUUCCCCGCUCGCCCAAUCACUAUACUGCUAUUAUUUAGGUUUGUGUGUUACUGAGUUAAAAUGGAUUUGAUUCAUUAUGUUAGUUUAAAUUGUUAAUUACAGCAGACCCUUCACAAGCUUCCGUGACAGAAGCUGCAAAAGCUUCAACCGCCGAUAACCACAACUGUCGCUGCUACUGACGAUGGUAAAUUACUGCCACAUCUUCCAUCUUUUCGAGACGACAACCACCCGCCAGGCAUUUCGGGUUGACCACGCCAAUCAUAUUCCCAAGUCACGGCUGUAAAGGCGACAUGACGAUGAUGAUUUCGGUUGACCGUUGCAUAACCGGGAAUAGGCGGAUUCGGUAGUAGGUAUACCGAUACAUUAACGAUUUCGGAUUUCGGUGGACAUUUGCUGGCGUCCGGUAUACCGAUACCCGGUCAAACGGUAACCAGUUAAACCGAUACCGACCGUUUUACCACCCCUAAUCUCAUGUUAUAUUUUGUGGUAUCAAAUUAUUUAGUUAAUUAAUUUUAACUAUUCAUAUAAUUUCAUACUAUGUUAUUUCAUAGUAUCGAAGCAAUCUAUGAUACAUAAUUUCUUUUUAGAAUAAAAUAAGACACAUUUGCUCACAUAAUCUACGUGUUAAACAUUAAAUAGGGUGAGAUAUAUAAUUUAACAAUUCUAUGAAUUAUCAAAAUCAAACUAAUAUAGAUCGAUUCGCUCAUAAGUCGGUAAUCGAGUUGGCUCUUUAGUCACAAUAUUGAGAAUUGAAACAUCUCACGGGCUCUAAACGAGCCAUCUCACGAGUCGAGCUAGCUCGCGAGCUACAGAGGGCUAAGCUCAAACUCGACACGUUAAAAAUGAAUCGAAUCUUGAACGAGUUUUUCUCGAAUCAAACGCCGAGCCGUUCGCAAUCAGCUCGACUCAUUUAUAGCCGUAGCCACAUGCUGCCAUUCCAUAGAAUAUAAGUCGCAUUUUGAUGAUCAAGUUCUGUCGUGAAAGAUACUUAAGAACAUCGGAGGUGACGUUUGGCAGGGUGAUUAAUACAAUGCUCAUCUCCUUUGAUUAGCUCUCCCUCAAAAACGUUAGCCUAGUAUACUCUAUGCAUGUUUGGAUCAAACAUAAGCUUGAACAACUCUAAGUCUGCGCAGCAUAUUCUCUCCACAACCCUUUCAGCCACGAAUUUGCAAACUUCCGGUCAUUCCCCGCCGAUAACUUCCUUAGGUUUCUAAUUCUUCUAUAUAUAAGCAUAGCGCCAUCGUAUCAUGUAAUCCUAAUCCCAACCCACAUUCCACAGGACAAAUGGUCCAUUCAAUUUCCAAGUAUGAAACUCUCCUUCUAUUAGUUGUAGUACCGCUACUACUUCUCCUUUCAAUCAAACAAAUCAACACGAAGAAGAGGACGAAGAAGAAGAAGAAGAAAGAUCUCCCUCUGCCUCCAGGCCCAAAACCAUGGCCCCUCAUCGGAAACAUCCCACACAUGACCAGAAAGGUUCACAUCACCAUGACCCAAUUCGCCAAAUCCCACGGACCCUUAAUCUCACUCAAACUCGGAGCUCAGGUGAUUGUCGUCGCCUCUUCUCCGGCCGCCGCAGCCGAAAUCCUGAAAACCCAUGAUCGUAUCCUCUCGGCUAGAUAUGCAUCCAACUCCAAUCCGUUCAAACUCAGCGAUAUCGACCGAAUGGCUAUCGUGUCUGCCACGACGUGUAACGACAGCUGGAAGUCCCUUCGAGCGCUCUGUAGGACAGAGCUUUUCUCCGGCAGAGCAAUCGAGUCGCAGUCCGCCCUCAGGGAGAGGAAAGUUUGUGAAAUGGUCGGAUUGCUAGCAGCUAGAGAAGGGAAAGUUGUGGACGUGGGGGAAAUUGUGUUCACCACCGUUUUCAACUCGCUAUGCAACCUUUUCUUCUCCGAGGACUUGUUGGUCUUGGAAGAUCGAAAGGGGAAAGCUUGUGGGUUGAAGAGUCAUGUUUCUAAAUUAAUGGAGCUCGCAGCUACGCCCAAUAUUGUUGAUUUUUACCCUGUGUUGGAACUGUUUGACCCUCAGGGUCUGAAAAAGAAGAUGACCAAGGCCGUCACGAAAAUGUUCUCCGUUUGGGAGAGUUACAUCAAAGAAAGAAGGGAAAUUCUUGAAUCGAGAUCCCAUGGAGAUGCUCCGAAAGGAGAUUUCUUAGACGUUUUCAUUUCAAAUGGUUUCGACGAUCAAAAAAUCAAUUGGUUGUUCUUAGAAUUGCUGACAGCGGGAACAGAGACCACUACAACUACAGUGGAAUGGGCCAUGGCGGAGCUACUGAAGAACGGUAAAGAAAUGAAGAAAGUUCGCGAAGAGCUGAAGAGAGAAAUUGGGGGAAACUCUAUUACUGAAUCGAACGUCUCUCCGUUGACAUUUCUGAACGCCUGCAUCAAGGAGACUUUCCGGUUACAUCCUCCGGCACCGUUCCUAAUUCCACACUGCGCUCAGGAGACUUGCGAAAUAAUGAAUUACAGAAUACCAAAGGAUUCCCAGGUGAUGGUGAACUUGUGGGCGAUAGGGCGGGAUCCGUCCGUUUGGGAGGACCCGUUGUCGUUUAAACCCGAACGAUUCAUUCGCAAAAGAUCAUCAACCAUUGUAGACUUCAAAGGUCUUCACUUUGAGCUUUUACCGUUCGGGUCGGGUCGGAGGGUAUGCCCUGGACUUCCAAUGACAGUUAAGCAAUUGCCGUUGAUUCUAGCUUCGUUGAUUAAAGGGUUUGAUUGGACUCUUCCUGACGUUGACGGUCCGACCAAAUUGGAUAUGGCCGAGAAGUUUGGAAUUACGUUACAGAAGGAACAACCUUUGCUACUUGUGGUCGGAAAACAGAGCAUGUGAUGUUGAAGGGGAGGCUCAAAUCCCGGGUGGAGCAAGUUUGGUGCGAGUGUUUAAAUUUGGGUUAGUUGCAAGGUUGGUCACUCAGAUUAUUAAAAACGUUCAUGUUUGGUCACUACAAAUAUUUAAUUUCAUUUGUGAUCACUAAGAUUAGUUAAUCAUGGGGCAUGGAUUGAAUCGAAUUUCUUGUAUGAACUCUUGAAAGUCCUAUGAUGCUUCAUACUCUAGCUCCUCAGUCUUAUCUAUCAAUAUCUUUGACAUUGCUAUCUUGAGUGCCAUUUGUGCUUGCUUCAACUCGGGAGUUGGUGGAGCUUCUUUCAACUUGUCUCCCCAUUCCAGGUUCUCAUUUUAGUGAUGAUAUGUUGCAUGUAAGGAAUCCUCAUAUAGAGAUCCUGAACGAGUCUUGAUCUAUAUCUCUGGCUCCAUAUCUUCCUUCUCCUCAAAAUCAUCAUCUUCAAUGGCCUUAUCCUCCUUCUUUUCUUCGAUAGACCCUACUACUCGUUGCAUGAGCUCUCUUACUUGUAGGGUGAUCUGUCUCUUUGCCACAUUGAUCAUAACUUCGUUAGUGGCUAGAAAUGUUUUGCCAUAGAUUAGGGAAUAUUGGAUUUCUAUCUUCAUCUCAAUCACCAUAUAGUCUAGAAAGAAGACGAAGGACCCAAUUUGGGUGCUUAAGCUGCAAAGUAUUCCAAGACGUUGGCAUGAAGUAUUAUCUAUAAUUUUGAUCUCCUUAUCUAUGUCUUCCACAUCAGCAAAACCCAUAUCCUCGUAGAGAGCAAGUGGUGAUGCUAGAGCCAAGAUCUAUCAAUCCUUGCUCCACAUAAUGGUCAUCUAGGAGACAACUGAUUGUGCAAUGACCAUGAUCCUCCUCUUCAUAUACUUGAAUGAGCUCUUUAAAUUCAUAAGGAAUUGAACUGAUGAUGGCCUUCUCGAUCUUCUCCUUUCUUACAAGGUGCUCGAGCUUCUCCUUUGGGCUCUCCAUAACAAUGAUGCUCUCCUAAAGUGGCAUAUCACUCUCUCCUUCUCCUAAAGCUUCUAUCAUCUUCUUCACCAUUGAGGAUUGUUGAGAGGCUUCUUCAUGAAUGGUCAUCUCCUUUGAGGUUGUCUCAUCAUUUUUGUCCUCUUUCUUAUCUUGAGAUGCCUACUCAUAUGGGCUUGAGCAGGAUUCUUUUAUUUAAAAACCCAAGGAUUUAUUAAAGGUUUGAGGCAUGAUGGAUUUGAAAUAAGUUUUUGUUUGUUGAGAUGUUUUGAUCAUGGAUAUAAAAUUUUGGGAUUUAGAAGUUAAAUUCCAAAAUUACUUUAGGGGUCGUUUCGAUGGAACAUUCUCAAAAUGAGGCAAUUUGGGACAAAAGUCUCAUUUUAGAAAAUGAACUAAUUGUAUGAGGAAAUGUUUACAUAAUUGUAUUGUUUGGCUUAUUAUUUGGGAUGAGACAAUUCGAAUGAAGCAUUUUAUGAAAAUAUCUAUUUUCCCUCAUUCUUUUACCCUUCUCCAUCUUUUUCUCUUACUAAUAGAAACCCAUAAAUUUACCAACCAACAACAAAGAUAUCCCAAAAUCCAUUUUCCUUGAAUCAGUAUAAUCAUCACGCCAAAAUUAUAAUUACAACACUAACAAAACACAAUCAUCAAUCAAAUAUUUGCUAGAGGAAGAAAACAAGAUGAUUGAGUAGGAAACGAACAAUCCUGAUCCUUAAUCCAAAUGCUGUUGAUUCGGGUCUAAAUGUACACAUUUUACCCGUCAUUUCUUGAUAGUUUGACUUUGCCUUUGAUAGUCUCUCGACCUAUUUUACGCUAGGUUGUGCUUGUUUUGUCACAUUUAAGGUCCUAGCACGUGGGUGAAGGUCGAGGACGAGUUUCUGGUCGAUUGGAGGUCGAAAAGCGCGAAAAGUGAAGAAACGUGACAAUUGCCC